AUGGCGCUGGGACGCGGCCCAGGCGCGCGGGGCUGUGGGCGCCUUUGCAGCGCGGUUCACGGCUGGAGGCAGCGGACACGGGCCUGGGCGGCUUAUCCCGGUCCCCUCUGCGCCCUGGCAGGGUCACAGGCACCGAAGCCGUCCCUGGUGCACGGUGACCGACCUCCUGAGGGCCCCCAGCAGACUUGUUUGCACUGGGCAUGUAAACGGAACCAUGCUCCAGUGGUGGCUUACCUGCUGCACGCCGGUGCCGACAAGGAGAUCCUCACGAAGAAGGGAGAGAGGCCGGCCCAGCUGACAUCAAAGAGGGAGAUAAGGAAGAUGUUGGGAGUGGAAGAUGAUGAACUCCCAGACUUAAAGAAAGAUUCAGAUCUGCCAAUCAUCCCUAAUUAUCUGGCAAACCCACCUUUCCCCUACGUUUAUAACACCAUGAGUAACAGUAUUCCAGACCCCUCGGUGAAUGGGAGCAUCUCACACUUAGAAUCGCAAGAUACCGACUCUUCUUCCUUACCCGAUGUGGAGACUUGUACACGGGCACGGGCAUCAUUACAGCAUGGGAACGCUGCUCCCGAGGCGGCUGAUAACGGCGGCAUGCCGUCACUGCCCAGAGGGCGUACUGCGCCACCACACUCGAAACCCGUCCUUCAGAAAGGCCCGGUUUACCAGGGGUCGGUGUCUUGGAGCAGAAGUCCCCCUUCGCCAGUUGGAUCAAACCAGGCCGUACGGCCAGAGGACGGCUCCUGUAUGGGGCCUGUGCCAGCAUUUCAGCCGGUUUUCUUCACAGGAGCUUUUCCACUUAAUAUGCAAGAACUGGUGCUUAAAGUUAGAAUACAAAACCCUAAUCUUAGAGAAAAUGACUUCAUUGAAAUUGAACUGGACAGACAAGAACUGACCUACAAGGAACUGCUCCGAGUGAGCUGCUGUGAGCUGGGUGUUAACCCUGAGCACGUGCAGAAGAUCAGAAAAUUACCAAAUACAAUGUUAAGAAAGGACAAAGAUGUUGCAAGGCUACAGGAUUUCCAAGAACUGGAGCUUGUUCUAACAGUAAGCGACAAAAACUUACUUUUCAGAGUCCCAACACUUUCUGAACGGAGUGGUUAUAACAAGAAGGCAUCAGAACUGACAUAUUAAUCAUUUAAAGAAUAAAACAAGAGAUUUGUGUAUCUCAUUUUAAAAUUACAUUUGAAAUACAGUAUCUAUAAGGGCUAAUGAUGUGGGACAAAAAAAAUCUAUUUUGUUAACCUUGAAAUAAACAAAAGAUGUUAUGCA